AUGAUCGAUACAGCUUCAGUUUUAGCGCUGCUGUUUAGUUUUCUUCUGCCUGGUGUUGUUGGAGCCUUCCAAACACCAGCAAACCACUCUCUCAUCUACUACUACACAGAACUCACAAAGGAUCUUUCUCCUCUGGGCUUUCAUGAGUUCACUGCACUGGGCUUGCUGGAUGAAUGGAAGCUGUACUACUAUGACAGUAAGAACCAGGUUACUAGACCUGAACAUGACUGGAUGAGAGAAGGCCUGGAUGUAGAGCACUUGAUCCACAAUCCUGAAGAGCUCCAGAGGUUGAGAGACUGGUUUAGAAGACAGAAUGAAGUUGUGGGGAACUGCACAUGGCCAUGUCCUGAUCUUCACGUGCUGCAGAGGAGAUUCGGCUGUGAGGUAAAGGAACAUGAGAAUGGGUCAGUUCAUCUUCUCAGGGCCAUUGAAGAAUACGGCUACGACGGACAAGAUUUCAUCAGCUUUGAUGUUGAUGCUAUGCAGUGGAAGGCUGAGGUUCCUAAAGCCCAACCGAUCAAGAGAAUUUGGGAUAAAGAAAAAGGGCGCAAACAGCACAUUGAAUUUUACCUGAAAAACGAGUGUGUGGAGAGUCUAUCCAAUGUCCUGAACUUCAGGAAUCCCAGAAGACAAACUCUUUCUCCACCGGCUUUUCAGACUUCAGUGUUUGCAAAGAAAUCCUGUGAUAAAAACAUGCUGGUUCUGACCUGCCUGGUCACAGGCUUUUUCCCUAAAGACGUGAAGAUGAGUGUGAGGAUGUUCAGCACUUCACUGCCUGAACAUCUACUAACAUCUUCAGGAGUCAGACCCAAUGAAGAUGGAACCUACCAGCUGAGGAAGAGUGUGCAAAUAAAGGAAGACGAUACAGAUUACAGCUGUAGGAUAGAGCACAACAGCCUGGACACACUGGUCACUGUUAAACGGGAACUGGCAACGCUGUGA